CAAUGUAGUCUAAGUAAGGUAUCAUAACUGCCAAAAUCGCUGCCUUUUUUAGAUGAAUUAGGAAAGUAUGUGGGGUUCUGAAAAUAGCAGUGAUGCACACACUGUGGCUGAUUCAGAAAAGCCCAGUGAUGCCAAUUCAAAUCUUUCAGCUGUGUCUUCUGCAUUUAAUAUUCCCUCUGCCCAAUUAGAGCAGUUCAUGGCAGGAAAUGUCACCAUGGAAACACUGGCCGCUUGCCAACAAGUUCCCGACCAUGAAACAGCCUUCCAAUCACACCCCAUGUAUGAAACAUCAAGCUUCACUGAUGUGAUGACGGGCUCCUCUUCUUCAACUCCCAUCCGACCGAUCUCUCUCGCCUCCCAUCCACAGUGGAGCACAUCGGGUGUUGCUGAGAUAAGCAAUCCGUUCAGGUCUCCACCUUCACAGAGCAAUUCCAGUUUAAUGGAAUUACAAACAGUAACCCCAUCCAGAAUUCAACAUUCACCAACUAAAAUUCUAUCGCAAAGAAAAACAAAGCCAGCAGCUGACAUGAGCCCUUCUACCAGUCACAGCCAGUCGUUUGUUUUACAUCAGGACACCUCAGCUUUAUCAGACAUACAAAUGCAUACGUACACAAGUCCAAUAAAAAACAAACCCGAACCUGAUUCAGGGCAGAGAUUUCAAAUAAUUAUUGGAGGAAAACGAAAAGAAACAGUCAAUAAAGAUAAUACACGGAAUGCUCUCACUUCAUCUGUUUCUACCUUUGAGAAAAUAACAGAUGAAGCUGAAGCUAUGGAAGAAGGUAUUGAUGAGAAAGAUGACAUAGAUGAGGAAGACAGACAGAAUGUACAAGACAUUCAACGUGCAUUAAACAUAGAGGGUGACGUUUUAACAGAGAAAAGAAAGCAGGGUGCUUCAAGUCGUUUGCCCCGUGAGUUGCGAGGUUUGAUGGGCGAGGCAAAUCUUUGCUACGCACGUGGCGACCAUGAUGAUGCUAUCAAGAUGUGUAUGGAAAUUAUCAGGCUCGUCCCAUAUGCUGCUGAACCGUUUGAAACUCUAUCUAUGAUUUACGACGAGAGAGGCGAACCUGAACGAUCGCUUCAAUACAGUUUAUUGGCCGCCCAUCUCUCACCCAGGGAUGCAGACCAGUGGUUACACCUGGCAAAUAUGUGUUUGAAGCAAAAUGAAAACACAAAAGCUAUUAACUGUUAUACUAAAGCAUUUAAAGUAAGACCUGAUGAUUACAACAUUGUAUGGGAAAACGCCAAACUUCACCAAAAGUUAGGUCUUUUCCACAAAGCAAUGGCUUUGUAUAAGAUUGUGGUCGGCCUCAUGCCCAAGUCCUUAUCUGUGGAGUCUGUGUCUCUUGCAAGGGACAUGGCAAAAACUUGCCAUUCAAACAAUGAAAGCAUGCUUGCCGUCGAUCUGUUAGAACAAGCACUUGAACAUCAGGCUUCUGCUUUUAAAGAUGAGGAUGCUAACAUGCUGUGUGAACUGCUGCUGUUAUUGGGAAGAUAUAAAAAUGUCCUUGAGGUCUUAUGUCUGCACAGCAGCUUGAUUUUGUAUUUUUCUGAUGAAACUGCUCUGGAGCCUAAAGAAAAAAUAGGUGAUCGUGAUAUUAUUAGUAUGACCCUAUCUAGUGACCUAGCCAUUGAUCUUCAAUGCAAAGUUGCCGUGGCAAUGAUACGGUUAAACAAAAGCUCUUUGGUUGAAGAAAUAGCCAGCAAUAUCUGCAGCCACAACCCCAAAGAUAUCGGUGACUUGUACUUUGACAUGGCGGAGGCAUACUCUGAUGUAGGAGAGCAUGAAGAGGCUCUCAAAGUCCUCAAUCUUCUCGUAACCUCCCCAGAUUACUCUCUCGCUGCUGUAUGGCUAAAACACGCAGAAUGUGAGAGGCUAUGCGGCAACCUGGAAAGGGCACUGAAAAGUUAUAAGCAGUGUGUACGGUUAGCCCCUGGUCACGUGGAAGCACAUAUUAAGUUUGCUGAGUCGUUAAAACUCGCCAAUAAAUUCUCUGAAGCCAAUAAGACAUUGGAAGAGGCAGACAGCUAUGAAGCGGACCCUGAUAUCCGGAUGAAACUGCAUUUAACCAGAUUCCAAGUUUUGAAAGAAUGGGGCGAGAAGUCGCGUACAAACAGAUUAUCUAAGUUUUCGUUGGCUGCGGACGUGGCUCUGCUGAUGUUUGCAAAUCGUCUUGGUUCGGCUUUUUCUGAAGGAAAUAUUGCAGUAAUAAAAAGAAAGAAUACAUUGCGUAAUUCAGCAGCAGGUGAUGUGAGACUGGUGAAGAAAACCAGCUUUUUCUGGGAUUCCGACAAAGAUUCCAACGUUUUCCUGGAUGGCAAUCCUUCUAUUUUUACCAAUGAACAGUGGAUAACAUUAUUCAAAGAAACUGCUGCUAUUUUGGUUCGAUGCCAGAGAUACAAAGAUGUGAUUAGACUUGGUGAUGGUGCACAGUGGCUUGCGUCUUGGUACGACAACGCAGAAACGCGGAAUUUGUUGGAACGUGUCGUUUUAUCCGCUGGUAUGAUUGGUGGAGAUUAUGCUAAUGCUUAUAACGUUGUAAGACAGUGGUUGAUCAGUGGACAUGAAACAAACCAUUUAUGGAACAUAUUUAACCAGAUAACUGCUCGUACUGGCGAGAUUAGACACCACAGGUUUUGUCUUAGAAGAUUAUUUAAGGUUCCCAACCAUCUUGCUCUAACUGUAUUAAACGGUAACAAUUGGCUUGCAUCGGGCAGCUACAAGCAUGCACUUGGUGAAUACGAAAGAGCUCAUAAAAUGGACCCAGAAAAUCCUUUAUAUCUGCUUCUGCUUGGAGUUGUAUAUUUUCACAUCGCUUCACAAAAGUAUUCGGAACAUAAACACUCUCUCAUUGUACAAGGAAUUGCAUUUUUAGACAAGUAUCGCAAGCUACGAAACGUAGACCAGGAAUCUUUCUACAACAUGGGGCGAGCACUUCAUCAGAUAGGUUUGGAAAGUUACGCAGUUCUCUACUACAAACGUGCAUUAGCUGUCCCUCCCCCCACUGUAAAACAACAAAGUGCUCUCGGACACCAAAAUAUCGUUCCCAAAUUUGACCUAACUUGCGAGAUAGGAUACAAUCUUUCACUCAUAUACAGAAAAAGCGGAAACACAGAUCUAGCAAACAGCACUUUAGCUACCUAUUGCAUUGUAUGAAUAAAUUUCAUUGCGUGUUGAAAUCUUUUCCAGUUUUUAUGCUACAAUAUUUUGUUUUUUUUUCAAUCCAAAACUUCUGACUGCCUUUCACCUUAUCAACAUUUGAAGUUGAAAAAUCAUAAUGCCUUACCUAAAUUGUUAUAAUCAGUUCAGUUAAUGUUAAAACAAUGGUGUAUAAAAUCUGAACGACAACGAC